CCUCACCUCACCUACUCUCUCUGCUUCCAUCUCCCCGACUCCACCCUCUUCUUUCUCUCUCUGCAGCCGGAGACGGGUGAACUCCGAUCACUACAGCGAAGAUCGCCGAGAUAGAAACGUCAAAGUCUGAUUCUCCGAUAUCCAUUACAGUUUACAAACAAACCAAUCGCUGUCGGAGAAUGACGUCACUCCACCCCUCUGAGCUGGACACCGACUCCAUCGCCUCCACUCCGCGAUCGGACCACCCCUCAAACGAUCAGACACGUGUACGGUUCAUGUGCAGCUUCGGCGGGAAGAUCCUACCCCGCCCCCACGAUAACCAGCUCCGCUACGUCGGCGGCGACACCAGAAUCGUCGCCGUGCAACGCGCCACCACUUUCUCCUCCCUCCUCUCCAAGCUCUCCAAACUCUCAGGACUGAGUGACGUCACCGUUAAGUACCAGCUCCCGAACGAGGACCUGGACGCGUUGAUCUCCGUCACGACGGACGAGGACGUCGACAACAUGAUCGACGAGUACGACCGCAUCACACAGAAUCAAAACCCUAAGGCCGCUCGCCUCCGCCUCUUCCUCUUCCCCAAAGGCGGCGACGGCGGCCCCGCUUCCCGGACCUCCAGCAUCAGCUCCCUCCUCGACGGCUCCGCCAAGCGCGAGCACUGGUUCCUCGACGCGCUCAACAGCGGCGCGUCGAACAACUCGCUCCUCCUCGAGCGCGGCCGCUCCGAGGCGUCCUCGAUUCUCUCCGAAGUGCCGGACUAUCUCUUCGGCCUGGACAACUCCGACGACAACCACAACCGCGGCGGCGGGGAGUUCACCAGGCCGAAGACCCGACCCGGGAUGGUACCGGACAACGUCUCGGCUUCGGAUCCCGGCUCUCCUGCUCCGUCGCCGUUUUGCUCCACGUCGUCUGUCCCUUCCGUCCCGUCGCUGCCGAAUCUUCCGCCCGUGAAGACCAAACCGGAUUUGAAACCGGAGACGAAAGAUGAGGGGUUUGCAGAGACGACGGCGGAGUUGCCCGUUUCACAAGCAACAGGGUUUUCGGGUAAUCCAGGCAAUCCCGGGUUGCAAUAUAUCCAGGACCCGAACUAUCCGGGUCAUGUUGUGCGAUCAGUUCCGGUUUAUUAUUACCCGGCUCCGGUUCAACCGCCGGUCCAGCCGGUUCACAUACAGACUCAGUAUAUGCCUCAGCAAUACCAGGCUCAGAUACCGGUCGGGUACCAUAAUAAGAUACCGGGUAUGGGCCAGGUUUAUGGUGGUGGGUUAAGGCCCGUUGCGGGAAUGGAACAGUACGACGUGUCGGGUAGGGUUGUGUCUGAUGGAAUGAACCAGCAGGUGUACUAUGGGGUGAGGAAUGGCGGUGUGGUUCCGGCGUAUAAUCCGGCGAUGGUGGUGCAAUCGGGGGAAGAAUGGCAAGGAAAUGGAUCGGAUAUCAACGCGGGUCGCGCCCCGAAUGCAUCUUGACAAUGCAGGUAGUUUUGGCUUCAUGGCUACUUCUCUAUGGUUAUUGUGUGUGGUUUGUGAUUGAUGGGUUCCAUGUAAGUAACUAGUUUUGGGGGGGUUUUCAAAUCUCAAUCAAUUGUGUUUGAACUGUGAAGGUCUUAUGUUUUCUAUAAUAUGUAAAAUUGAAAAAAAGAGAGAAAGAACUAGUAAGAUUGAGAGCUUGUUUUCAAAUAUUUUCAUCUCUUUUAAGUGGUUUAUGUAUGUAUUCAUAUACUCUUGUUCGUAUG